AUGGAAUCUGCGCCUGAGGCAGAAUCCCUAGCCCCUGUGCAUUUACCUCGCAUUACGAUCAGAUUUUGUACUCAAUGCAAAUGGAUGCUUCGUGCGGCAUACUUCGCCCAAGAACUUCUCUCGACGUUCUCCACAUCCCUGGGCGAAGUCUCGCUCAUUCCCGCAAAGGGUGGUGUUUUCACCAUAGAUAUCAUCUAUGCAUCUACACAGUCAAAUCAAGAAGCUCUCAAUGGACAACCUCCUACUACCCAAACGGCUCGACUCUGGGAUCGAAGAGCUGAAGGCGGUUUUCCCGAAGUAAAGAACCUCAAACAGCUGGUCCGCAAUGUUGUGGACCCAGAUCGUGAUCUAGGUCACGUCGAUCGCGAUCACAACGGGCAGAAGCCUGGGUCAGCUUCGGACGAGAAAGAUUCUUCCGUGUCGACCGGCCAGUCUUCGACAGAGAAGGCCGAGGAAAGUAUUCAGCAACAUUGUCGAACAACGUCCUCGACUAACAUCUUCAAGGCGUCAAAUGACGAUCAGGAGCGGACGAUAGCUACAGACGCUGAUGCAGCUGUAGCAAGGGGCGCUGCCGCCGAGGAUAACGGAAAUGAAGAGCAACAAAAGGAGAAAAGCCGUGGGGGAGGGGAGGCUUCUCAAGACUGUAAAUGA